AUGGAAGAAAAUACACCUUGCGUUUCAAAUGCAUCAGGUGAGCUUUUAUCCAAUGGGAAGAUCUCUCAUGUGUGCCGUUAUAACACUGAGAGGUUUACAUUACAAACAAUUCACAUUCUUUACUUCAAAGUACCCUGUGUGCACAGAGCCACAACUCUCAGAGUUGCUCAGCAUGGAAAGGUUUGGGCCCCAAUUAAUUUAACAGAGAGGGUGGCUGAUGAUGGAGGACGUCUGCUGUCCUGGAGAAGCCCGUAUCCUGUAUCCCCAAAUAUCACACUUGUGUACCAGCUUCAGUAUACAUCCAGAGGACACAUGCAUGACUGGACUACUGUGGAUAACAUCAAUGGUUCUGAGUAUAUGAUUGACAAGAAGUCACUGGUAUCUGGUUACCAUUAUCAAGCCAGAGUGAGGGCGCGAGGUCCAGUUGGACUCUGGAGUGACUGGAGCCCCCCGGUGUCCUGGAAGACCCACAAUGAUGGACCCUUUAACCUGCAGUGCAUGAUAGAGGGAGAAACAACUGUGAAGUGUACCUGGAAAAUGAAGACAGAAUAUUAUCAGUUUAUGUCUUAUCAUCUCUGGUGCAGUAAUAGUAGUGAUAAUCCUUCUGUUUGUUGUGAAGAUCCUCAGCUGGAGUCGAGGAGAGAUGAGCUUUCUGAGUUCAUGUGUUCAGUAAAAACCCCUGACCCUUACCUGUUAACAGUGGAGCUAAGACCAGUGUACUAUGCAAGGAUGUUCCUUACUCGAAACCACAUUAAACUUUCACAACCUGACCAGAUCCAUGUGAAGGAAGGUGAUGGCGUUUUAAUACUGAACUGGUCUAAACCAGCUGUGUCCAAAUUUAUUGAAUACUCCAUCCAGCUAACAAUCUCAUCCAGCAAGACCUCAGGCAUUUAUAACCUUUCAAAAGAGCAGAACAAUUAUGAACUUUCCUUUACGGAUCGAGAUCCUUCAACUGAAUACCAGGCCCAGAUCAGAUUACUGCCUGAACCUGAUGAGGAUUUUGGCGUUGAGCCAUCAGAAUGGUCACAACCAGCAGUGUUCAGAAUUAAGCCAGUUCCAUCGUCCAUCAGCCAUGUAAUCUACAUUUUGACUGCUGUGUUUGUGGGCGUGCUUUUUCUCGUCUCCUUGUACAACGGAAUACCAGUCUUACACAGAAGGGUCAAGAUUUGGAAAAGAUCGAUUCCGUCACCCAUAAAGAGCAAAGUGCUGGAGGGGAUGGUAAAGAAGACUCCUGGUGGAUGGCCGGAUCUCCAGAUUGAGAAAGAGACAACCUCCAUCUGUGUACUACUGGCUGCAAACAACACCAGUCUUUGCAAAAGCAGUGUCUCUUGGGAGCCGCUUCUGUUACACAGUGAAGAUGUUAAAAUGGCACUGUCAGGUGGAUCAAACCACUUGCAUGGCUAUGUGGGGGAAAGCAUGUGCAACGACAAAUCAGGCAUGAACUUCAGCGGGCCAUAUAUUCUGUGCUGUGAGGAAUCCUGCACCCAGGACAAAUUACCUGACGGCUCUAUGGACAGACAUCACACAUGCAUGUUGGAAAAGUCCAGAGUUGCUCCAGAAAAUGGAGGCUGCGUUGUAACUCCUCCCAACACCAUGUCAGCAACUCGAAACACAGACCCCAUCGACAGCCCGACCGAUAACCCUUCAGAUGAACCCCCAGCAUACACCCCCAGCCCAGAUCAAGGUUGUAUAGUCCUCCCUCAUCCAUCCGGCUACUUCAUGAUGCCAAGUGUCAUCACAGGCUAGUCAGACAAAAAGCAUCCCCUCAGUAAAACCUAGCUCCUCUACCAUCCCCUUUGGAUUAAUAAUGUAUAUUAUGUAGGCCUAAAACGUAUCAUGUAAACAAAAUGUUAAAAAUAUCUACUGAAGAUAAUUCACAAAUAACGGCGAUUGGCCAAUCAGAACUCGGUUCACAAGCGGAAGCACGUUUUCGUCAUUUUUCGUGCAUUGGAAUAGUUCGAGUGCAACUUUUGAAUUUCUUUCAAAUGAACUAAGACAACAGAAAAGGUAUGAUUUUUCCUUCAUUAGAAUUUUGAGAGAUGAUAGGAAAGCUGAUAUUAUCGAGUCGUCGACCUUGCAAAAACAAAAACAAAAACGAGUCCAAAAGCAUUCACUGUGCAAUGAAGCCUAUUAGAACACAGGUAAAAUAGCCUUAUAAUUCAAGCAAUUAAAGAAAAAUUACCCAUGUAUGAGUUUUUAUGUUUUUAUAUUCAUUGCUCAAGCAAUGUAAUUUUCUGAAUAUCAGUAGGCCUACAUGGGCGCACACAAAUGUGCUCUUCAUUUUAUACAAAUGUGGAUAGCAAAACGUGUUUCGUUCCUUGAAUGAAUCAAGUGAGCCAGUGAUUCGGCCCAUUCAGCUGGACACUUUCCCUGCAUCUCGAUGUGCAUACUAUCAAGCCUAUCUGUCCUAAAUAGUAUUGAAAAUUAAUAAUGUGACACAGAAUUUAGGAUGGAUGGUAUACACAAUGGGACGCAGGCUUGUUUCGAUUCUAAUUGAAUCAGCGUUAUGAAUGAAUCGAUAAACUUCACUUUAUGUUUAGCAACGGAUGAAUGUUUUGCAUGCUCAUAAUGAAAAGGUGUGAAAGACACAUUGGAGCUUCAGUUGGACUUUUUGAGUUGCAGCUGUCGUGCUGUGACAGUCUCACCAACAGAUGGCACUGUUGCUUUAAAUGAAUGUAAAAAUGUUUCUUCUGUCCCCAGUGCAAACCUUGGAAAGCAAAUAACGCAUUUGGUCUAAAAAAAUUAUGUUUUUUACACAGUGCCUUACAUAUUACUGCAUUGAAUGUCCUUUCUUCUUCAAAAUUUUGCACUUAAUUUAGCUUGACAGAAAUUGGCAGCCUCAUGCACUAACUGUGUACACAGGUGUUUGUGCGCAAAACCUUAUUAGAAAACAUAUUCAUGCAUAAAUCGUGAUUGGUCAUCCAUCAGUGAGUAUCAAAAGAUGACUGAAUUCACAAACACGCAAUGCAAAUAAAUAAUGUGAUAAUAAAUGUUCCAGGUAGCCAAAACGGUUUGGCCCAAUAAUGGCCCAGAUCUAGCAGACCGGAAGAAAUAACUCGGCCCGGCUGUGGUUGCCAGACUCAGGAUGGACAAGGGGUGAAUGAUGCCCCAGAAUCUGCCCAAAUACACUGGCC